AAUUAAUAAAGAUUAUUUAAAAUGGAUAACAAAGCUGCGCAGCCAAGCGAAUCUACACCCCAAGAAGUGAACAAAGAAGUACCAGCUCCAGAACAGGUGCAAUCUAAAGAGGAAAAUACCGCACCAGUUCAAGAAACUGUCGCUCCAUCUGGUGAUGUCAAGAUGGAACAAGAGCAGGCGAACAAAGAUCCACAGAUAUCCCAACCAGAAACAGCAGUACCAGUUGUUGAAGCUCCUGCCGCUCAGAAGAUAGAGGAUACUGCUCCUAUCGAACCUGAAGCAGCUCCAACUCCAGCUCCUGUAAAGGCAGAAUCAGCUCCUGAGACAGCUCCUGUAAAGACUGAAGCAGUUGUCGAAACUGCACCAGAGGCUGCUCCUGUUGCUUCUAACACGCCUGCUCCAGUACCAGCACCUGCUCCAACUCCAACCCCUAUUGCUGCUAACUCUACCCAAGCACCAGUUGCCACCCAGCAAGCUCCGACCGCUACUCAGCCAGCUCCAGCCCCAGCCAAUCCAUCACCAGCUCCUCCUGCACAAGCCCCAGCCCAGUCACCCCAGCCAGUCCAAGUAACUCCAGACACCUCAUCUGCAACCACAGGAGUGAGAGAAGAGUCAAAAACCAUCAGUCAACAGGAACCUUCAGCCAAGAUAAAUAAUACGGAAAUUAGUAGUCAAGUUAUCACUCCUAGUCUUCAGAAUAGUAGUGUCGAUAUCCAAAACUCUAGCUUAAAUGAUUCUCAAGCACCUAGUGCCACAAAUGCUCAGUUAGAUGAGUCUUCGAAGACCCAAAAUAAUGGACCAGUUAGCCACCCUAGUCAGUCAGAUACCAGUAGUUCGAAUUUAAAAUUAUUUGUUGGUGGUCUUUAUUACCAAACUGAAGAUGACGUUUACAACUUUUUCAUGAAAUACGGGGAAGUUAUUGAAUGACAACUCCUUAGACAUAGACAAACUGGCCGUUCCAGAGGAUUUGCCUUUGUCACUAUGAAAGAUCCUACCGGAGUCAUCAGGAAGCAGCUAGUUGGCAAGCAUAAUGAGAUCAACGGAAAAUACGUUGAUAUAAAGGUUGCCGAAGAUAAUAAAACACGUGAGAAAGUGGAGAAAUCUUCCUGCAAAGUCUUUGUUGGAGGUAUUGAAGGGACUGUCUCCACAGAAGAGCUCAGAGACUUCUUCCUUAUGUAUGGCAAAGUCAAAGAAGCUGUCGUUUUGAAGAACAUCAAUACUAAUACCUCUAGAGGGUUCGGUUUCGUAACUUUUGAAGACUCUACAGUUGCAGAUAAGUUGAUCAGAGAGAACAACUGUGUUCUCAAAGGAAAAAGGAUGGAUAUCAAGACAGCUGAGCCUAAAGAGACCAGCGUCCCAAGGAGCAGAGACAAUAUGAGAGGUGGCUACAACAACUAUGGUGGAAACAGAGGAGGCUAUAAUAAUCAAGGAGGCAACUACGGAGGUGACGGUGGUAUGGGAAGAGACUACAGAGGCGGAAGAGAUGGAGGCCACGGUGGCCGCCAUGGAGGUCACGGCGGCUACGGUGGUCGUGGUGGUCAUGGUGGCGGUCAUGUAGGCUACUCUCGCCACAAUGACAGGAAUUACAGUCCUCCUCAGUAUGAUAACUAUCCUCAAGACAAUAACCCAAGAUAUGGAGAUUAUAUGAAUAAUGAUCCAGCUCCUGUUGCUACAAUGCCAUCUUAUGCCCCACCCCAGCCAAAGAAUGACUACCAAUCUCAGCCAAAUUAUGGAUAUGGAAAUCAAAGAGAUAGUCAAAAGAGCACAUACUCAGACCCUUAUUCAAGAGGAACAGAUACAUACAGCCAGCCAAAGGGAUCAUACGGAAAGCAGAGUUAUGGAACCCAGCAAAGUUAUGGAGACCAAAGCCAGCCAACCUAUGCUCCUCAGGCACAGCCCAGCUAUGGAGCUCAGACUCAGGCUCAGGCUCAGCCAUCAUAUGGAUCUCACCAGCCAGCUUAUUCAUCAAGUCAGACAGGCUAUGAGCAAGUAAGUGGGUAUGGACAGACAACUAGUCAAGCCUAUGGUAGCCAUUAUGGCAAGAGCCACACCGACCAGUACACUACAGGAGGUGGAAGUGGCGGAAAUAGAAGAGACUAUGGUGCUCAGAACAAGGGUCAUAGAUACAAGCCUUACUAAGCCUGGAUAAUUGAUUCUAUAGCAUGUUCAACCACAUC